CGCUACAACUAAUUUUUCAGUACAGUUUUGAAACAAAUAUCAAAGAGCUGUUAUAUAUGAUUUUUCCUAUAACAAGUAAUAUUUUACCGAUAAAACAUGCCCAAAACAUUAAGCUUAAAAAAGUCACAAACCAAUGCUUCGAAAAAUCAAAAGGCAAUAACACAAUUUUUUAAAAGUGCUCCGAAUAACCCAUCUAAGUCUCCAGUCAAACAACAUUGUGUCGAAACAACAUCGAAUUCAAAGCCGAUAAAGAGAAAAGUGUCCUCACCCAUAGAUGGACAAUCAAACUUUUUGUAUAAAGAUUACCAUAAUAAUAAUGAAGAAAGGACUUCUAAGAAAUGUAAAAUAGACCGUAGCAAUAUUUCAUUAGAGAAAAAAACAUUUAUUCUAAGCGAUGAUGAUAAGCUAAGCACAAGGCUUUCUCCAAAGGAUAUUGUAAAGCAUGAUUAUGAAAGUACUAGUUGUGAUGACAAAUCUCCUUUGUCAUCAUUGUCUCCUAAUAGCAUGUCAGAUCAUGUUAAAGAUAAAUUUGGUAGUAACACUAAAAAUUCUAAAGAAUUGAUAAUAACAAAUGAAAAGGAAAAUCAAGAAUAUGACAAUAAUGAUAUUUUAUUAAAUAAUCAUGUUGAAAAUAUACAAGCAAAUAACAGAUCACCGAAGAAAAGUCCCAAAGGAAAAAUAAACAAUGUGAGAUCACCAUUAAAAUUGGAAAGAUCAUUGCCAAAAUUUGAUUCAAAUGAAGUCGAAGAAAUAAGACGAAAUCAUGUUGAUGAUGUCUUUGGUGAUGAGUGGAAUUUUGAUGGCAUUGAGGAAAGCAAAGAAGACCUAGAUUUAAGCUUAAUGCAGAGAUGUGAAAUACUAUCUGUUCUUCAUCAUCCAAAUAAAUUAGAACUUAAACUUAAAAAUGAUAAGGAAAAUGAAGGCACCUGUUUUGUAGAGGGUAUUUGGUUAAAUACACCUUUACAACAGGGAGAAAUUAUAAGUGUGCUUGCGUGUCGCAACUCAACAGGCCAGUAUAGUGUUAAUAAUACAUCAGGCUUGCUGGUGCUACGACCUGAUCACUUAGUCUCCAGUACGAGUGUUGUAGCCGGUGUAUUCUGCAAGAGGAAAGCCAUAUUACAGGAGCGUUGGCGAGGAAUAGAUUCGGCGAACACUGCGAUGACAAUAGGUAUUCUUAUACACGAACUAGUACAAAAAUCUCUUACACAAAAUAUAAAAACUACAGCAGCUUUGGUUAUUGAAACUGAUAACAUAAUCAAAGAAUCAAUUCAGUUAUUGUACGAAGCAGGAAUAACUGAGAACGAAGCUCGGUCAAACAUGCAAAUGUAUAUUGGACCUCUGGCUGACUUCAUGACAAUGUACAUGCCUGGCCAGAGUUCUUGUAAGAAUAACGAAAAAGGUAAAUGGAACGGUAAAAUAGAUAAAGUUCUGGACAUUGAAGAAAAUCUCUGUUGUCCAAAGUUAGGUUUGAAAGGAAAGAUUGACGCAACAUUACAAGUGACCAUACAUGAACGUGGAAGUAUUUCCGCGAUCGUACCUCUCGAGUUAAAAAGUGGUCGCGCCUCGAUGUCUGCAGAACAUCGCGGGCAACUCUUCUUAUAUGGAAUGAUGCUAAGCCUGCAAAGACAGGAGGACCCCACAACCGCUAUACAGAAAGGAUUGCUGCUUUAUUUGAAAGAGCGAACAGAUUUAAAGGAGGUCAGUUGUGGGUAUCCAGAGAGACGCGAUCUUAUAAUGCUACGCAACGAACUCGUGCAGCAUCUGGCGGUCGGACCACGAGACGUUGAUACAGAAAAAUUAGUGGACAUAGAAGAUGCUUCUCGGCUCUUACAGCAGAGCUUACCCGAGCCGGUGCACCAUCACGCCGCAUGCGCCAAGUGUCCCUAUCUGACGCUAUGCUCCUUACACUUGUGGCAUACAGACGACGGUCCAAAAGUAACGGAAUCCCAUCCAUUGAGUAAAUUAAAAGAAGAUGCACUCGGUCACCUUACACCAGCGCAUAUAAAGUACUUCCUACACUGGACCAGCUUGUUGCGCCUGGAGGAGAGAGGUCAGAUGUCAGCAUCGCCUUUGCACGCUCUUUGGACUGAUAGCGUGGACAAACGAACAAAACGCGGAGUAUGCGCUGCGAAUUUAAAACUAAAAGACGUGUCCAAUUCUAGUGAUAAAUUUUUGCAUGUUUUUAUUAGAGAAUCUGCAAGCAAUGUGAGCUCAUUAAACAUUGAUAAAUCUGUAAAGGGACCUCAGGAAGGCGAAUUUUCAAUAGUUAGUAUAGAAAAUAGACCAUGGAUUGCUGCAGGAGUGGUUACUGUGUCAAAUAAUACUGAAUUGCAUAUACUUUUGGAACGAGAUCUGAGUCGACGUUUAAAUAAACAUACUUUAUUCCACGUUGACACGUACGAGUCAUACGCGACAACAGUUCAAAAUCUCACGAACUUAGGCGUACUUAUGGAAGAUAGCGAGCGCGCUAUGCGGCUAAGAAGGUUAAUAAUAGAUAAGGGUAUACCCGAGUUCGCUUCAAAGCUACCUCGUGAGGUAGGAAGACUUGGCUCCAAGUUGAUGCGCUCGCUGAACAUCGAGCAGCAACGCGCCGUACUGCGGGCGCUCGCCGCCGACCACUACGCGCUGCUGCGGGGCCUGCCUGGAACCGGUAAAACACAGACAAUAAGCGUGCUGAUUCAAAUGCUGGUAGCGCUGAAACAACGUGUUCUUGUGACCGCUCAUACGCACUCCGCCGUUGAUACCGUAUUAAACAGACUGCCGGCGUCGCUGCAGGUGAUGCGGCUGGGCGCGGCGCAGCGCGUGGCGGGCGGCGUGCGCGCGCGCUGCGAGCACGCGCUGCUGCGCCACACCAGCACCACGCUCCAGCGGGCGCAGCUCUACGACUCCAUGGACGUGGUUGGUGUGACAUGCCUGGGAGCCGCGCAUCCGAUGCUAGCAAAAACUACUUUUGACGUUUGCAUUGUUGAUGAGGCAACACAGGUUUUACAAUGCACAGUUUUACGACCGCUUUUCGCCGCUAAGCGCUUCGUACUUGUCGGCGACCCUGAACAAUUACCUCCCGUUGUUAAAAGUAGAACUGCCAGGCGUCUAGGUAUGGAGGAGAGCUUAUUUCACAGACUAAUGCAAGAAAAAGCGCUUAGCACCCUUCGGCUUCAGUACCGCAUGAACCAGCCGCUUGUCGAUGUAGCUAACAAAGUGGCUUAUAACGACAGCUUAAAGUGUGCUAAUCAGAGUGUAGCACAGGCGAAAUUGAAGAUAAACUUCCAGAAAAUAAAGUCUAGAUGCUCAGUACAAUCUCCUUGGCUGGUUAAAACUUGCAGUCCGGAGUUUGAGGAUGCAGCUAUAUUCCUAAACUUAGAACUGGUAGCUGCUGACAAAACAGAUAGUGACAAAACAUUAAGCAAUUUUGAGGAAGCAUGUGUCGUUAUGACUUUAAUAGAAACUUUAAAAGAGGCUAAUGUAUCCCCAGCAGACAUUGGUAUCAUUGCUCCAUUUCGAGAUCAAGUGGCACUCUUACGACGAUGCCUUAAAAGCCAGGAUGUAGAAGUUAGUACCGUGGAUCAAUUCCAGGGGAAAGACAAAAAUGUCAUUAUAUACUCUUGCACAAAACGUAACAUAAGUGAUGGCAGAACAGUCAAAGAAGGCGAAGUUCUAAACGACCAAAGACGUUUAGCAGUAAGUGUGACACGCGCCAAGCACAAGCUUAUUAUUAUAGGCGACUUGCACGCCUUGCGACGGUAUCCAACAGUUCUACGCUUGAUUGAAGCAUGCACGACGAUUUCUAUAGACCACGAGACUGUAUCGACGUUAAUGAAGAAAUAUAGAAAUGUUAUUGAUUAACAUAUUAAUCUUAAUAACGUAGG